AUGCGUCGGUGGUUUUGUUGCAGCCAGUUUCAUGCUUCAUAUCGUGAACAUGAACAUGAAUUUCCUUCCAGCCCGGAUGAGAAAGAAGGAAAUGGUUUUGAUUCCAAAAGUGAUCCAACAAAGGCACCUCCUCCCAUUGAAAUACCUGAAUUGUCACUUGAUGAACUGAAAGAAAAGACCGACAACUUUGGGUCAAAAGCUUUGAUUGGUGAAGGAUCGUACGGGAGAGUGUAUUAUGCUAUUCUAGACAGCGGAAAACAUCUUGCUGUUAAAAAGCUUGAUACCUCAGCAGACCCUGAGCCUGAUAACGAAUUUCUGACACAGCUCUCGAUUGUGUCGAGAUUAAAGCAUGAAAAUUUUGUGGAAAUGCUUGGCUACUGUGUGGAAGGAAAUCAACGUCUGGUGGCCUAUGAAUUUGCUACGAUGGGUUCUCUACAUGAUAUUUUGCAUGGAAGAAAAGGUGUCCCUGGUGCACAGCCUGGCCCAGCACUUGACUGGAUGCAGCGAGUCAAAAUUGCUAUAGAUGCUGCUAAAGGGCUAGCAUAUCUUCAUGAGAAGGUUCAACCUUCGAUAGUCCAUCGAGACAUACGGUCUAGCAAUGUACUUCUAUUUGAGGACUACAGAGCGAAAGUUGCAGAUUUCAAUCUUUCAAACCAGUCUCCUGAUAUGGCUGCUCGUUUGCAUUCCACCCGUGUCCUUGGAACCUUCGGUUAUCAUGCUCCUGAGUAUGCCAUGACUGGCCAGCUAACUCAGAAAAGUGAUGUAUAUAGCUUUGGAGUUGUUCUUUUAGAGCUUCUAACAGGAAGGAAACCAGUAGAUCAUACAAUGCCUAGAGGCCAGCAGAGUCUGGUUACAUGGGCAACACCUCGUUUGACUGAGGAUACAGUGAAGCAAUGUAUCGACCCAAGGUUGAAGGGCGAGUGUCCCCCAAAAGGCGUUGCCAAGCUUGCGGCGGUGGCAGCCCUCUGCGUGCAGUACGAAUCGGAGUUCAGACCCAGCAUGAGCAUCGUCGUCAAGGCGCUGUCCCCCCUUCUUCAGCAGAAACCUCAAGCUCCACCAGCCGCCGCUCCUAACACAACGACUUCAGACGCCUGCAUUGGUUGGCGAUCACCAUAA